CACAAACCAGUGAAGCACGUUUUGCUCAUGUGACUUUUAGUUUUCCUUGCUCGCUGGGUGUGACGAUAACAAGCUAUGUCAUUGUUUUUACUGGUAAAACCAACCCGUUUAUUAACUGAUACUAAUUGAUGAGUGUAUUCAGACUGUAUAGCAUACGUAGUCUUGUUACGAUGUCGAGAACAAAAGAGUAAAACGAAACUUCAACAACAUCUGUCAAAGUGUCAAACAAAAGUAGAAUGUGUCAAAAAAACGCGCGUACGUUGUUUGUUUGUUGUUCAAUCAUGUUUUUGUGAUUUUUGAUCAAAAAUUAGCAUAAAACAGCCAAAAAUGACUAAAUCAGUUCGUGAAUUGCUCCAAAAUGGGCGUUCAUAUGAUGAAACUGAUCGGAUGCCGGAUAAAAUAACUAUAACUAACCUGGAUAUUUUUAUGUAUCUGGUGGCUAUUGUGGGUCAUUUUGUGGACUUAGGUCUAGAUAUUAAUAUAGCUGUAAGGUAUUCUAUAGCUCUGAAGAUGACGGAGUUCGGAUGGACGCUGGCGUUUAUCCUUGUGCCUGCGUUUGUCAACACUGCUGUUUCUAUAAGGAUGUACUGUCUAGACAAGCAACAGGACUCUCUUUCGAAUGAGUUCACAAAACGCAAGUGGCUCCGUAUCUUCAUACUAGUGUUACAGCUGGCUCCUAUACUGCGGUUUGCUGAUGCUCUCAUCUAUGCAGUCAAGUCUCGUCGUGCGGAACGUAAGCAGGACUCAGCUACACAGCGGAAGUAUUACAGCCUGAUGCUGAAGGAGGACUCGGAUGCAGCACUGCUUCGGAUCUUCGAGUGCUUCCUGGAAGCAGCGCCACAGCAAGUCUUACAGACUAGUUUGUUGUUGAGAGCUAACCCGGAUUUUACUGUUCAUCAGGUCCUGUCGAUAGCGUCGUCUAUAGUGGGUAUGGGCUGGUGUCUCGCGGCGUACCAACGCGCCGUGCGGUUCUACCAGCAGGACAAGUAUAAUAUGAGCUGGAUUGGCACCGCGUUGCAGACUAUCUGGCAUUUUCUUGUUACUUUGAGCCGCAUAAUCUCAAUAUCAGUGAUCGCGUACCUGUUCCCUCAUUGGACGGUCCUAGCGUGCGCUAUUCACGUCUUCAUCACCGCUACGCUGAUACAACUCUUUGACCGUUCUCCGUUCUGCUCACACAACCGCCUUGCCGAUAUCGCCUUCUCUUUCGCACUUGGAGCGGUAUACAUCUUCACCUAUAUCCUCCCAGUAGAAGGCAAAACAAGAUAUAGGUAUACUAUCUACUACAGUAUAUGUUUUAUACAGAAUCUCGCUUGUGGAGCCAUCUGGUACAUAUUCGUGUCCGAUGAAAUGAGGAACUCGAUUUAUUUUUUCCCAGUUUUAGCAUUUACUGUGGUGCCCUACGUUGUAGGUCUAGUUAUAAUGGUCAUCUAUUAUAGGUUCUUUCACCCGGAAAUCAGUAAACGAGGAUUUAGUGUUACAUUUGUUAGUGACCGAGUCAUAACUAAUAGUUAACAUUUAAAGAUUUAAGUAACUAUACUCAAUGAAUAUUGAGAUUGUUAUUAUUACUGUACCGAGUUACAUAUCAGUAUGUAUGUACUGUAAUGCUGCUUAGAAACGUGUUUUGGACAGUUACAAAACAAUUUAAGCGGGUUUAGGUGCUACUCACCAUUAAAGUUAAUCUCAAAUAUUAGUCUGGCCACUGCCUGUGGCCUGCGGUGCUCCAUUUGUCAACUCAUCUAUGGUCAAAAUAGGAUCUGAACAAUUUUUUUUUCUUUUAUAUUAGUACCUGUCUAUUGUGUUCAUACCUUUUCUUAGUUACCGUUUAAUUUGAGAUAAUUAUAUUAUGCUUGUUAAUUAAUUGGCGAAAUGUUUUUUUACUAAAUAAACAUAAUAAUUAUAAUUUAUACCUAAAUGAUGUAGCAUUGUAAUAAAUAUCCAAAAAUAGGAUUACCAUUUUGUUAAAUUACACUAUAAGUCAAAGUCGGACAUACAUUUCAUCUAAAUUUUAUUGUCUGUCAAUAUGUGUGUCAGGGAAGCUAUCGUUCCAAAGUGUAGUUUCGAAUGGAGAAGAACGAGCCAGAUUGUUACCUACUCUUACGUUAAACGCCAUGGCGGUCACUGGAGACCGAUAUUAGCCGAGAAUUUGCCUUCAACAGUUUUUUAUAGGCAGUCAAACCCUUAAAGAGUGACCAUGAUUCAUUGAUACAUUAUUUAAUCCUGUAAUUUAAUCUCUAUUUUUGUAAAAGUGCUAGAGUAUUUUGACCGAUAGUAGCUUCCAAAUUAUAGGUGCAAGAUUAGUACUAAGUGCUGGGGAACCAAUUUCUUUAUUAAAUAAAUACUUAAUAUCAAUAGGCAUGAUAAGACUGCAUAGCAAUAAGUAUUGUACAUUUUAUUUUCUGUUUAAGGAACUUUUUUACACUAGUAAAUAUUGUAAUACUGAUAUUUUUGUACUUAAUCUUUUUGAAUCUUUAUGAAAAUUAUCUGUGAAUCUCAAAUGAUACUCGCAAAAUUUUUAAUAAAUAAUUUUA